AUGAAGAUUAGCUUUCCAUCACCCCGCCCCAUUCUCCCGCUUUCCAUCACCCCGCCCCAUUCUCCCGCUUUCCAUCAUCCCGCCCCAUUCUCCCGCUUUCCAUCACCCCGCACCAUUCUCCCGCUUUCCAUCACCCCGCCCCAUUCUCCCGCUUUCCAUCACCCCGCCCCAUUCUCCCGCUUUCCAUCACCCCGCCCCUUUCUCCCUCUUUCCAUCACCCCGCCCCAUUCUCCCGCUUUCCAUCACCCCGCCCCAUUCUCCCGCUUUCCAUCACCCCACCCCAUUCUCCCGUUUUCCAUCACCCCGCCCCAUUCUCCCGCUUUCCAUCACCCCGCCCCAUUCUCCCUCUUUUCAUCACCCCGCCCCAUUCUCCCUCUUUCCAUCACCCCACCCCAUCCUCCCUCUUUCCAUCGCCCCGCCCCAUUCUUCCGCUUUUCAUCACCCCGUCCCAUUCUCCCUCUUUCCAUCACCCCGCCCCAUUCCCCCUCUUUCCAUCUGCCUGCCCCAUUCUCCCGCUCUCCAUCACCCCGCCCUAUUCUCCCUAUUUCUAUCACCCCGCCCCAUUCUCCCGCUUUCCAUCACCCCGCUUUCCAUCACCCCGCCCCAUUCUCCCGCUUUCCAUCACCCCACCCCAUUCUCCCUCGUUCCAUCACCCCGCCCCAUUCUCCCUCUUUCCAUCACCUCGCCCUAUUCUCCCUCUUCCCAUCACCCCGCCCCAUUCUCCCGCUUUCCAUUACCCCGCCCCAUUCUCAAACUUUCCAUCACCCCGCCCCAUUCUCCCUCUUUCGAUCACCCCUGCCCCAUUCUCACGCUUUCCAUCAUCCCGCCCCAUUCUCCCGCUUUCCAUCACCCCGCCCCUUUCUUCCUCUUUCCAUCACCCCGCCCCAUUCUCCCGCUUUCCAUCUGCCCAACCCAUUCUCCCGCUUUCCAUCACCCCGCCCCAUUCUCCCGCUUUCCAUCACCCCGCCCCAUUCUCCCGCUUUCCAUCACCCCGCCCCAUUCUUCUGCUUUCCAUCACCCCGCCCCAUUCUUCCGCUUUCCAUCUCCCCGCCCCAUUCUCCCUCUCUCCAUCACCCCGCCCCAUUCUCCCGCUUUCCAUCAUCCCGCCCCAUUCUCCCGCUUUCAAUCACCCCGCCCAAUUCUUCCGCUUUCCAUCACCCCGCCCCAUUCUCCCUCUUUCCAUCAGCCCGCCCCAUUCUCCCUCUUUCCAUCACCCCGCCCCAUUCUCCCGCUUUCCAUCACCCCGCCCCAUUCUCCCGCUAUUGCAUCACCCCGCCCCAUUCUCCCUCUUUCCAUAACCCCGCCCUAUUCUCCCUCUUUCCAUCACCCCGCAAAUUCUCCCUCUUUCCAACACUCCACCCCAUUCUCCCGCUUUCCAUCACCCCGCCCCAUUCUCCCGCUUUCCAUCAACCCACCUCAUUCUCCCGCUUUCCAUCACCCCACCCCAUAAUCCCGCUUUCCAUCACCCCGCCCCAUUCUCCCGCUUUCCAUCACCCCCCCCUAUUCUCCCUCUUUCCAUCACCCUGCCCCAUUCUCCCGCUUUCCAUCACCCCACCCGAUUCUCCCGCUUUCCAUCACCCCGCCCCAUUCUCCCUCUUUCUAUCACCCCGCCCCAUUCUCCCGCUUUCCACCACCCCGCUCCAUUCUCCCGCUUUCCAUCACCCCGCUCAAUUCUCCCUCUUUCCAUCACCCCUCCCCAUUCUCCCUCUUUCCAUCACCCCGCCACAUUCUCCCGCUUUCCAUCACCCCGCCUCAUUAUCCCUCUUUCCAUCACCCCGCCCCAUUCUCCCGCUUUCCAUCACACCGCCCCAUUCUCCCUCUAUCCACCACCCCGCCCUAUUCUCCCUCUUUCCAUCACCCCGCCCCAUUCUCCCGCUUUCCAUCACCCCGCCCCAUUCUCCCGCUUUCCAUCACCCCUCCCCAUUCUCCCGCUUUCCAUCACCUCGCCCCAUUCUCCCGCUUUCCAUCACCUCGCCCCAUUCUCCCUCUUUCCAUCACCCCGCCCUAUUCUCCCUCUUUCCAUCACCCCGCCCCAUUCUCCCGCUUUCCAUCACCACGCCCCAUUCUCCCGCUUUCCAUCACCCCACCCCAUUCUCCCGCUUUCCAUCACCCCGCUCCAUUCUCCCGCUUUCCAUCACCCCGCCCAAUUCUCCCUCUUUCCAUCACCCCUCCCCAUUCUCCCUCUUUCCAUCACCCCACCCCAUUCUCCCGCUUUCCAUCACCCCGCCCCAUUCUCCCGCUUUCCAUCACCCCGCCCCAUUCUCCCGCUUUCCAUCACCCCGCCCCAUUCUCCCGCUUUCCAUCACCCCGCCCCAUUCUUCCGCUUUCCAUCACCCCGCCCCAUUCACCCCGCCCCAUUCUCCCUCCUUCCAUCAACCCGCCCCAUUCUCCCGCUUUCCUUCACCCCGCCCCAUUCUCCCGCUUUCCAUCACACCGCCCCAUUCUCCCUCUAUCCACCACCCCGCCCUAUUCUCCCUCUUUCCAUCACCCCGCCCCAUUCUCCCGCUUUCCAUCACCCCGCCCCAUUCUCCCGCUUUCCAUCACCCCUCCCCAUUCUCCCGCUUUCCAUCACCUCGCCCCAUUCUCCCGCUUUCCAUCACCUCGCCCCAUUCUCCCUCUUUCCAUCACCCCGCCCUAUUCUCCCUCUUUCCAUCACCCCGCCCCAUUCUCCCGCUUUCCAUCACCACGCCCCAUUCUCCCGCUUUCCAUCACCCCACCCCAUUCUCCCGCUUUCCAUCACCCCGCUCCAUUCUCCCGCUUUCCAUCACCCCGCCCAAUUCUCCCUCUUUCCAUCACCCCUCCCCAUUCUCCCUCUUUCCAUCACCCCACCCCAUUCUCCCGCUUUCCAUCACCCCGCCCCAUUCUCCCGCUUUCCAUCACCCCGCCCCAUUCUCCCGCUUUCCAUCACCCCGCCCCAUUCUCCCGCUUUCCAUCACCCCGCCCCAUUCUUCCGCUUUCCAUCACCCCGCCCCAUUCACCCCGCCCCAUUCUCCCUCCUUCCAUCAACCCGCCCCAUUCUCCCGCUUUCCUUCACCCCGCCCCAUUCUCCCUCUUUCCAUCACCCCGCCCCAUUCUUCCGCUUUUCAUCACCCUACCCCAUUCUCCCACUUUCCAUCACCCCGCCCCAUUCCCCCUCUUUCCAUCAGCCCGCCCCAUUCUCCCGCUUUUCUUCACCCCGCCCCAUUCUUCCGCUUUUCAUCACCCCGCCCCAUUCUCCCGCUUUCCAUCACCCCGCCCCAUUCUCCCGCUUUCCAUCACCCCACCCCUUUCUCCCUCUUUCCAUCACCCCGCCCCAUUCUCCCGCUUUCUAUCACUCCGCCCCAUUCUCCCGCUUUCCAUCACCCCGCCCCAUUCUCAAGCUUUCCAUCACCCCGCCCCAUUCUCCCGCUAUCCAUCACCCCGCCCCAUUCUCCCGCUUUCCAUCACCCCGCCCCAUUCUCCCGCUUUCCAUCACCCCGCCCCAUUCUCUCGCUUUCCAUCACCCCGCCCCAUUCUCCCGCUUUCCUUCACCCCGCCCCAUUCUCCCUCUUUCCAUCACCCCGCCCCAUUCUCCCGCUUUCCAUCACCCGGCUCCAUUCUCCCGCUUUCCAUCACCCGGCCCAGUUCUCCCUCUUUCCAUCACCCCUCCCCAUUCUCCCUUUUUCCAUCACCCCGCCCCAUUCUCCCUCUUUCCAUCACCCCGCCCCAUUCUCCCGCUUUCCAUCACCCCGCCCCAUUCUCCCUCUUUCCAUCACCCCGCCCCAUUCUCCCGCUUUCCAUCACCCCGCCCCAUUCUCCCGCUUUCCAUCACCCCGCCCCAUUGUCCCUCUUUCCAUCACCCUGCCCCAUUCUCCCGCUUUCCACCACCCCGCUCCAUUUUCUUGCUUUCCAUCACCCCGCCCAAUUCUCCCUCUUUCCAUCACCCCGCCCCAUUCUCCCUCUUUCCAUCACCCCGCCCCAUUCUCCCGCUUUCCAUCACACCACCCCAUUCUCCCGCUUUCGAUCACCACGCCCCAUUUUCCCUCUUUCCAUCACCCCGCCCCAUUCUCCCGCUUUCCAUCACCCCGCCCCAUUCUCCCGCUUUCCAUCACCCCGCUCCAUUCUCCCGCAUUCCAUCACCCCGCCCAAUUCUCCCUCUUUCCAUCACCCCUCCCCAUUCUCCCUCUGUCCAUCACCCCGCCCCAUUCUCCCGCUUUCCAUCACCCCGCCCCAUUCUCCCUCUUUCCAUCACCCCGCCCCAUUCUCCCGCUUUCCAUCACCCCGCCCCAUUCUCCCGCUUUCCAUCACCCCGCCCCAUUCUUCCGCUUUCCAUCACCCCGCCCCAUUCACCCCGCCCCAUUCUCCCUCUUUCCAUCAACCCGCCCCAUUCUCCCGCUUUUCAUCACCCUGCCCCAUUCUCCCUCUUUCCAUCACCCCGCCCCAUUCUCCCUCUUUCCAUCAGCCCGCCCCAUUCUCCUGCUUUUCUUCACCCCUGUUAGAGACUAA